AUGUCAAUACUUCUAGGUGUUGCAGCCUUGACGGCCACUGCUAUUGCGCAGAGCUCAAGCUGUCCAGCAGGCUCAUUGCCUGCAAACCAGAGGCUUGAAUGGACUCCUUGUCCUGUCAACGCCUACGGCGAGGACGGACAGCCAUAUUAUGCACCAACACUCGAAUGCUCAACCAUUGACGUGCCACUUGAUUAUACAAACAGUGGCUCGGAAAUCCUGACACUCCCACUUGUUCGAGUACCGUCCAACAGCUCGACACCACUCAACAGGACGAUCAUUUUCAAUCCUGGUGGCCCAGGAGCGAGUGGUAUUGACAGUCUGAUAGGUUUCGCAGAUGAUCUGCAGGCAGUAUCUGGUGGAGGAUAUCAUCUUGUUUCCUUCGAUCCUCGAGGCGUGGGUCUGACGUAUCCAUAUCUUUGCCCGAUCGCAGAUGUGGCCAUACCCUAUUCCUCUCGUCCUAUCACUGACCCCAACGGACUCAAUGCAACAUACUACGCCAAUGCCAUUCAAGGCGAGCUCUGCGCGCAAUCUCCUUAUGCAGAACAGGGACAGUUUCUCGGAACAGCCUUUGUGGCAAGAGACAUUGAUGCUAUUGCGCAGGCAAUUGGAGAAGAUGGGAGAAUAAGAUACUGGGGCAUGAGUUAUGGCACUUUGCUGGGCUCGACUAUUGCGGCGAUGUUCCCGGACAAAAUCGAUCGCAUGGUUUUGGAUGGCAACAUUAAUCCUACCGACUACUACCACGGCCUUGGUGAUGAAGCGGCCGACGACGUUGACCGAGAACUCGCAUUCUUCUUCGAUUCAUGUGCUCAAGCUGGGCCUGAUUAUUGUCCUCUUUCGGGCCCACAAUCGACCGGACCUGUCUUGCAAGCUGUCUUCUACGACUUUCUGAAUGGUAUAAAUAACGGCACGUAUGCUCUACGAGAUAGAAAUGGUGUUCGAAUCUCCUACAAGCGCAUAAAGAGUUCACUCUUCUCGUACCUCUACAGUGCGGCUAAUUUCCCUGAUCUGGCUGCCUCAAUUUUCAAUCUUUACCUGGCUACGCAGCCAGGUACGUCAUCUACUUCAGGCAAGAGACAGGAGCAGCAAGAGUUCAAUGUCACGGAACGGCUUGGUCUUGCUCAGUAUCCUAACGUUCUUACAGCCAUAACUUGCGGAGAAUGGGAUGAGAUUCCAGCUGGCGACCUCAAUGAUUUUCGAGAACUCGUCAGCAUAUACGAAGAAAGAAGUACUUUCGGAGGAGAUCAGCUCAUAGGUAUCGUCUUCGCAUGCGCAACGUGGAAUGUGACGGCGAGGGAGAGAUUUGGUGGUGAAUUCCAGAAUAUCAGGACAGGCGCACCGAUCCUGUUUGUCAAUUCAGACAAGGACCCUGUAACACCUCUGAUCUCUGCACAGAACUCAAGUUCGGGUUUCGUGGACAGCAGAGUGCUACAACACACAGGCGCUGGUCAUUGUUCGACCGCACACCCAUCCAACUGUGUGCAGGAAAAGAUCAGAUCUUACUGGCAAACUGGAACUAUCCCUGACGUUAGUGAGAUAUGCCAGCCAAACGUCGCAAAUCCCUUGGUGGAAGAUGUUCGCACUCCGAUCAAUGUCACGGACCGUACCAACCAGACAACCACCAACGAGGAUGAAGAGCGCUUCAGCAGGGCGGUAUCACACCUGGCAGAUCUGCUAGGUUCGAGCAAGACAUCAUCAUUCGAGUUUCCAACGGAAAUCCUGGAACGUGCUAAGACGAAGAGAAGCAUCAGCGCGCCUCUGUUCGGUCGACAAGCAACAGCAAGUGCUUCUUGUACCUCGAUGACCGCCGUACCGUCAUCACCGCCUAUCACGGGUGGGAGCUCUUCGAGUGCUACCAGUGCAGCUGGCAGAUUGCCUACUGCCUCAGGUGGUCUUGUCCUCAGCGUGCUGCUCGGAGCAUUAUGUAUAUUCAUGUAA